AUGGCAGCAUUAGUUCUCUGCGAGCCACCAAUUCACAUUUCCAGGGUGCUCCCCAAAGCUCUUACAUCCUUAUCCAGCCCCAGGACCCCAUCAUGUCGCCGCAAUGCGUCUUCUACCGCCCUUCCUGAAACCAUCACAGAUGACCUCGAGACAAACUCAAGCUUCUCCCAACCCUCUUCCUUCCCAGAAAAUGAAAUUGAGGCCUUUGAUCCAGUAGCAAGGACCAAAGAACGGAAGAAGCCAUUGCCUCCUAGUCGCUACCAAUUUCGCCCUCCAAAAUAUGACCGUGGUCCUCUUCAUCCCCAUCGUCCGCCACCGGCAUGGGAUCCCGCCUCCCGCCAAUUCAUCCCCGGACCUUUCACCCUUCCCCGAGUCGAGCAAACCUAUGAAUCUACCAUAUCCCACGAUAUCCUCACCCUCUGCUACGUGCACAACCCGCCGGGAUUUAGACCACCCCCAACCCCCCAGCGCCUUCGUGGCUGGGAUGAUAGUUCCCCCUAUCACUCCAACAGACCACUCCGAGGACCACGUGGAGGCGACGUCCUCCGCCUUCUCCGGAAACCCAUAACAUUCCGCAACAUCCCUAAACUCGACAAAAUCACGCUUCACAGCUAUGUGAACCAGGUUAUAGAGAAGGGUUCGGGGCCGCUGCAUGUGGCCGGUAUGGCUAUACAAGCCAUUUCUAAUGUGCGCGUGCAGACACAUAAGAUGAAGGGCAACGUCGCGAAGUGGGGGGUUGUGCCUGGCAAGGCGUAUAUUGCUGUUACGGCCGAGCUGAAGGGCGAGGACAUGUAUCACUUCUUUGGGAAAUUGGUAGAUGUGGUGAUGCCUAGGAUUAAGGACUGGAAGGGCGUCAAGGGGAGCAGUGGGGAUAGUAGCGGAAAUAUCUCGUUUGGACUUGAUCCGGAUAUGGUGGCUCUGUUCCCAGAGAUCGAGGUGAAUUAUGAUAUGUACCCACCAGCUAUGAUACCUGGUUGCCACAUAACAAUUCACACAACAGCCAAAACAGACAAGGAUGCUCGACUCCUCCUCAACGCGAUGGGCAUUCCAUUCUAUGGGAAAUAUGUAAAUUAG